AUGGCGAACAACGAUAGUAAAAACAAUAUAACAGUGAAAACUAGAUAUGGAGUGGUGGCAGCUACGGCAAUACCUUUGAUUAUCAUCGGUGGUGCUUACAUUGUAUCCGCUUACUUGAACAGAGGUUGGGGAAGAAGAAAAGGACAGGCUCGCGUUAAUAAGAGGUCCGUUUCGCUUGCAGCCCUCCAUGGAGGCAAACUGGCCUUGGAGAGGUUGGUUGAUUAUCAGGAAGCUAGAGCCGAUGCUAAUGUAUUAAAAACUGCCUUGUGUGAAUUGAAGGUUUUGUUUGAAGAGGAACCCCUUGAUUUUCUCAAGCUACAGAGGGUUGUUGCAAAGCUGGAAAUGAGUGGACAUGAAGCCGAAGCAGUGCAUAUCCUUCAAGAAGAAAAAACAAAGGCCCAGAAUGAAGGCAAAAUUCUUGAAGCAUACGAAAUAGAGAUGUUGCUUGUGGAAAUGCUCAUCUACAAGGGAGAAUUCGAGAAGGCUUUCAGUUGCAAAUGCUUGACUGAAGAAAGCAUGAUUGCGGAUGCACGUUACCCCCUCUAUAAGGCCAUCAUCCUAAUUGGGGUAGGGAGACCACGGUAUGAAGAAAAAGCAAAGAAAUAUUGGCAAGAUUUCAAUGACAUGAGAGAAGACUUUAAUGACCCUCCUAGUUUUACAGAAAGCAUGAAAGAAUGUUUGGAAGGGAAUGGGGUUUGUAAACAGCUUGCAACAAGUUUUGAUGAGUUUAAGAAGAUUGUGUUGCGGCUCAAAGAUGAUAUCAACAAGACGAAUGAAAAGAGGAAGAAGAAGAAUAUUGAAUGGAAAUAAAAAAAUUAAGAAUUUGCUCAGAAAAUUGCAAGGCUAUAAAAUGCAUUGCAUCAGCUUUUAC